AUGAAGGGGUUGUUCAAGUCGAAACCUCGGACCCCGGUGGAGAUGGUGCAGCAUCUGCACGAGCUUCUUGUUUUCGUUCUCGGCAACACCGAGACCCGGGAAAAGAAACGAGCAGAGAAGAUUGGAGAACUGGAUAAACUGCUCUUGGAUAUAAGAACUGUCCUUUUUGGGGAUGGACAGAUAGAGCCAAAUGCAGAAGCAUGUGCACAAGUAACCAAAGAAUUCUUUCAGAAGGAUACAUUUCGGCUUCUAAUCAAUUGUCUUCCAAGUUUGGAUUCUGGGGCACGUCAAAAUGCUACCCAUGUGAUUGCUAAUUUACAAAGACAAAGGGUGAAUUCAAAAGUAAUUGCUUCUGAGUAUCUGGAAAAUAACUUGGAUAUCAUGGAUAUUUUGGUACCAGGUUAUGAAGACAGUGAUAUUGCUUGGACAUAUGGUGCAAUCUUAAGGGAGUGCAUCCGCCAUCAGAAUGUUGCUAGGUAUGUCUUGGAAUCAUAUCAUAUGAAGAAGUUUUUCGGAUAUCUGCAAAAUCCGAAUUUCGACAUUGCUUCAGAUGUUCAAGCCACUUUUAAAGAGCUUUUGACAAGGCAUAAAUCCACUGUGGCUGAAUUUCUUUCUGCAAAUUAUGACUGGUUUUUCCAGGAAUACAAUUCACAAUUGCUGCAAUCCGAAAGCUACAUAACCAGACGACAUGCUGUGAAGCUCCUUGGAGAUAUGUUGUUAGAUCGCUCGAAUUCCGCUGUGAUGGUUCGUUAUGUGACUUCCUUAGAUCACAUGAGGAUCAUGAUGAAUCUUCUUAGGGACUCAAACAAGACAAUAAAACUGGAUACAUUUCAUGUGUUCAAGUUAUUUGUUGCAAAUCAUAAUAAGCCUCCAGAGAUCAUCAGUGUCCUUGUCACAAAUAGAAGCAAACUUCUUCGAUUCUUUGGCGAAUUCAACAUUGAUAAAGAGGAUGAACAGUUUGAAGCCGAUAAAUCUCAGAUCAUCAAAGAGAUUGCUACCUUGCAACCUACGGAUCGUCCAUGCCAAGAUUUAGAUUCUUUCUAA